CGGGAGGCGGAGGAGGCGGCGGCGGCGGCGAUGGAGGUGAAGCGGCUGAAAGUGACCGAGCUGCGGUCGGAGCUGCAGCGGCGGGGCCUGGACUCGCGCGGCCUCAAGGUAGAUCUGGCGCAGCGGCUGCAGGAGGCGCUAGACGCCGAGAUGCUGGAGGACGAGGCCGGCGGUGGCGGGGCCGGGCCCGGCGGGGCCUGCAAGGCGGAGCCUCGGCCUGUGGCCGCGUCGGGCGGUGGCCCGGGCGGGGACGAGGAGGACGACGAAGAGGAGGAGGAGGAGGACGAGGAGGCGCUGCUUGAGGACGAGGACGAAGAGCCACCCCCUGCCCAGGCGUCGGGCCAGGCCGCGCAGCCGCCGCCGGAGCCCCCGGAGGCGGCAGCCAUGGAGGCCGCGGCCGAGCCCGAUGCUUCCGAGAAGCCGGCGGAGGAGGCCACGGCUGGGUCAGGUGGGGUAAAUGGUGGCGAAGAGCAGGGCACCGGCAAGGGGGAGGAAGACGAGCCAGAGGAGCGGAGCGGGGAUGAGACGCCGGGAUCCGAGGCGCCGGGUGACAAGGCCGCAGAGGAACAGGGAGAUGACCAAGAUAGUGAAAAGUCAAAACCAGCAGGCUCAGAUGGUGAGCGGCGGGGGGUAAAGAGACAGCGGGAUGAGAAGGAUGAACAUGGCCGAGCUUACUAUGAAUUCCGAGAGGAGGCUUACCACAGCCGCUCAAAGUCUCCACCACCCCCUGAAGAAGAGGCAAAAGAGGAGGAGGAGGAUGAAACUCUUGUGAACCUGGACACGUAUACCUCGGAUCUCCAUUUUCAAGUGAGCAAAGACCGCUAUGGAGGGCAGCCACUUUUCUCAGAGAAGUUUCCCACCCUUUGGUCUGGUGCAAGGAGUACUUACGGUGUGACAAAGGGGAAAGUCUGCUUUGAGGCCAAGGUAACCCAGAAUCUCCCAAUGAAAGAAGGCUGCACAGAGGUUUCUCUCCUUCGAGUUGGAUGGUCGGUUGAUUUUUCCCAUCCACAGCUUGGUGAGGAUGAAUUCUCCUAUGGUUUUGAUGGACGAGGACUCAAGGCAGAGAAUGGGCAAUUUGAGGAAUUUGGCCAGACUUUCGGGGAGAAUGAUGUCAUUGGCUGCUUUGCUAAUUUUGAGACCGAAGAAAUAGAACUUUCCUUUUCCAAGAAUGGAGAAGACCUAGGUGUGGCUUUCCGGAUCAACAAGGAAUCCCUGGCUGACCGGGCCCUCCUACCCCAUGUCCUCUGCAAAAAUUGUGUUGUAGAAUUAAACUUUGGUCAGAAGGAGGAGCCCUUCUUCCCACCACCAGAAGAGUUCAUGUUCAUUCAUGCUGUGCCUGUUGAGGAGCGCGUGCGCACUGCAAUUCCUCCCAAGACCAUAGAGGAGUGUGAGGUGAUUCUGAUGGUAGGACUGCCUGGAUCUGGAAAGACCCAGUGGGCACUGAAAUACGCAAAAGAAAAUCCUGAGAAAAGAUACAAUGUCCUGGGAGCUGAGAUUGUGCUCAAUCAAAUGAGGAUGAAGGGGCUUGAAGAGCCAGAGAUGGACCCCAAAAGCAGAGACCUUUUAGUUCAGCAAGCCUCCCAGUGCCUUAGUAAGCUGGUCCAGAUUGCUUCCCGGACAAAGAGGAACUUCAUUCUUGAUCAGUGUAACGUGUACAACUCUGGCCAACGACGGAAACUGUUGCUGUUUAAGACUUUCUCUCGGAAAGUGGUGGUGGUGGUUCCUAAUGAGGAAGAUUGGAAGAAGAGGCUGGAGUUGAGAAAGGAGGUGGAGGGAGAUGAUGUGCCUGAGUCUAUAAUGCUGGAAAUGAAAGCCAACUUCUCUCUGCCUGAAAAAUGCGACUACAUGGACGAGGUGACCUACGGGGAGCUGGAGAAGGAGGAAGCUCAGCCCAUUGUCACCAAGUAUAAGGAGGAGGCAAGAAAGCUGCUGCCCCCCUCUGAGAAGCGGACAAACCGCCGAAACAAUCGAAACAAGCGCAACCGGCAGAACCGAAGCCGAGGUCAAGGCUACGUGGGCGGGCAGCGCCGAGGCUACGACAACCGGGCCUACGGGCAGCAGUACUGGGGGCAGUCUGGAAACAGAGGGGGUUACCGUAAUUUCUACGAUCGAUACAGGGGAGACUAUGAUCGAUUCUACGGGCGAGAUUACGAGUACAACAGAUACAGAGACUAUUACAGACAAUACAAUCGGGAUUGGCAGAAUUACUACUACCACCACCCCCAGGACAGAGACCGAUACUACAGGAACUACUACGGUUACCAAGGGUAUCGGUGAAGCCCCUGUCAUUCUCGCCUGUCAGCCAUGAAGCUGAGUCUCUAGGGGUGCCAGGCACCCCCCAAAACACAACCAAGGAAAACAGGGGCUGUUCGGGUGGGGCUGAGCUGCCGGGGAGGGGCGGUGGGGGGGGAGGGUGCACAAGCAGGGGCAGGGGAGGGGGGAGGCGGAAACAACAAAACUGUACAUUUUUUUUAAAAGUUUGUUGAAAAGAAUAUUGUCUUAUUCUAUAAAACAUUUCAAACCUAGUUAGAUAUUUGUAAUCAAAAAACAUUUGCGCAGAAAGCAGCACUUAGGGCUGCCUGUCCUAUAUCCUGCAGUUGGACAGGAAAAGAACUGAAAAUGUCACCCUUCUGACCCAUAAGGCAGCUGGACUGGCAGCCAAGGAAGGGAGAGUGAUGAGGUGGUGCGGAGAGGGUGGGCACGCAUGUGAGGGCACUCUCUCCAGAGCAGGCAGGAGUGGGGACAGAGGGAGAGCUUGUGACUGGGGCAGUGAAAAUAAACGAUUGGCUCUUAUCAAUCACUUGCACCAACUAA